AUGGUUUUCUGCACAUACUGUGGCCACUCGUUCACCAGAGACGAGCAUCUCGAAAGACACAUCCUCACUCACACAAACGUUAAGCCUUUCAAGUGUUUCACCUGCCACAUGUCCUUCGCUAGACGUGACCUCCUCCAAAGACACUACACCGUACAUGGCCGAGACCAAAAUCAAGAGAUCAUUCCUGCCGCCAAUGGCAUGAUCCCCAAGUCAGCUGGAAGAACACCCAUUGCAUGCAGCAACUGCGCCAAAACAAAGACGAAAUGCGACAAGAAGUUCCCCUGCAGUCGCUGUGCAGGUCGAAACCUUCGAUGCACUCUUCGCCCAACACGUCGAUCAUCCAAGAAUGCCAACCGUAUGGGCUUGAUCACAGCUGAGACUAUUGCCAGCGGUGUUGCCAAUGGAAUCCUCCCUCCGGACCAGACCGUAGCUGCUGAGAAGGCCCCUAUGCCCGUCGACUCCCCAAAGUCGGCGGAACAACACAUGCACCAGAAGCCUUCGAGUCCGAGAUCUGGUAUUCCUACAACUAUUCCCGAGGAGAAGCAGAUGGGCGACGUCUCGGUUCAGUAUUUUGAACAAUCAAUGUCCAAUGGUCACUCGCCUCCUGCUCAGCAAGCCUCACCCCUAACUACUCCCGGAUCCGGGUUCAUGCAAGGACAUAUGCCUACCUAUGAUGACUUCAUGAACGGUGCUAAGGAAGAUGACACGAGCCCUCGUUUCAUGCUUGACUGGGGCCAGAUGCCAAUGCCUAUGGGUUUCGAACAUAUGGCACGUGCCGAUUUAAUGCUCGACCCUACCAUGGGCUUUGACCCGAAUCAGCUCUCUUUGAUGGCCCCUAACGAGAACAAUCUUACCAUCAUUCCUGAGCUAGCCAACUCUGCUGCUCCUCUGAUUACACCCAUCGAAACUCCCAAGGUCGAGCGAUCGUUCGCUGACAUGGAUCUUGGUAAUAACAACAACAAUAUGUUCUACGCUCACGCUAGACACAUGUCGACGGCUUCUUUAUCUUCCAGCGAUGGUCAGGAUAUCCGAGCAGUCAUCGCCGCCCAAGACGGGUGGAACGUGUUCAGAUGCACACCCACUGUGCCUUCGAGCUCCUGUCCUACAACAGCCAAGAUGAACCUCGAGUGUCUAGAACAAACUCUUAAGAACCACGAAGGAUGGAGCACGUGGACUCCCACCUGGGAUGAAGCCGACUUCGCUGGUGGUGAGAACUUGGCUGUCAUGCAGCUCCACGAAAGCACGCGUGACAAACUCCUUGCCAUCACUCAGACCUUCCUUCACAAGGCUCUUGAGACCCACAAGGAAGGACAGCAGGGUGGCCAGUCGCCAAUGUCGAACGGUGGAUCAAACUUCGUCCUCCUGCCUCCCGCGAGAGUCCUUGAGUACUUUCUUCGAUCAUAUGCCAACAGCUUUGAGAGAUACUAUUCAUUGACAUCUCGAGGCAUCCUCGAUGCCAACGAGCUCAUGCACUGCUACAAUGACAAAGCUUCUUGUCUGUUGGUGCUCAUGAUGAUUGCCCAAGGUGCAAUGAACAUCUCGUCGGUCGAAGCUCGAUGGCUCGCUGGCGGACUCACCGAAGCUUGCCGUAUCUCACUGUUCGAUCUAAUUGAGCGCAAUAUCACGAUGGCCAGUGAUCCUAUUGCUUUGCACUCCGCCCUUCUCUUUACUUCCCAGGCUGCCUGGAGUGGAGACAAGUGGCAGAUGGACAUUGCCAUGGGUCAGCGAAGCAUGUACUUCCAUAUGCUGCGACACUCGGGUGUCUUAGAUGGCAGAGCAUUCACGUCGCCUCAGAUGGAUCAUCAAGCCAACCCCGACUCACUCUGGACAGAGUGGAUCCAGCACGAGAGCCGUAGCAGACUCGUCUACUCAUGGGUCAUGAUCGAUCAGGAUCUUGCCCUGUUCCACGAUACAGCACCACUCUUCUCGGUCACUGAGUUCGGUGCUCCCAUGCCUGACUCAGAUCGUCUGUGGCAGGCCAAGAGCGCGCCUGAAUGGUCCCAGAUCUUCGAGCAAGUCCACGAGUUUUCUAGCGGCUACUCUUCCCUUGGUUCAGGCGCUCGCCCGAUGUCACUGCAUGAUCUAUUCCGUCACUUUUUGGAUGACGAGAUGGCUUCGCUUGGCAUCGGAAUGACCCCUCUCCAGAUGAGGCUACUCCUACACCCUCUUCAAUCUAUGGUUUGUCAUUACGGUCAACUCAUGAGUUGCUUCUCCGACUCGCUGUCGUCACGAAACAAGACAAGAACCGUGACUGCUUCGUCAACACGAUGCCGUCUCGAGGAAGUACAAUCCCUGCUUCAGCGCUGGUAUGACAUGGCCGAUCGUUACCUCAAGAUUAACCCGGCUUGUGCUGUCAUGCAAGCCAACCUUGUCAUGUUCCAUCUGAUCAGCUUGAACGCUGUAACCAAUUUCCCUGAGAUUGAGCGUCUGGCUCGUCGCGAAGGUUUCGAUGGCACCUACCAGCAGCUAGUCUGGAUUCACAAGAGAUGCAUCACCGAUGUUGAGGAGGCUAUCUUCCACUGCGGUCAAGUCCUGCGUAUCAUUCGCUCCAUGCCUCGUGGCGUUCGUCCACCAUGGUGGGCUGGUGCAGUCUACCGUGCCGCUCUUGUGCUCUGGACUGAUAGUUUGAUCAACAAGGAGCCGUCGGCACCCAGUGCAGCUGGAGGUUUCCCUUCGCCGGGGCCUACAUUUGCUAUUGAUGCAUUGCCUGUUGAUCAUCCCACGAUCGUUCGCUUCUUGAGCAAGCGUGUGGGUCAGCCCUUCCUCAGCAAAAGGGAUGGUACUCACCUCCCCAUGGACCAUGGUGUUACAGUUCUUGCUCAUUGUAUCGAAGUCAUGGACGAAGGCACUUCCAACAGAUUUGUUGAUGGCGUCCGUAACAAACUCGACCGAUUGAUGAGAAGCUAAAUGCUUUCACUUGACGACUUCAUGACCUUCUCCUUACUUCUUCGUCCAAAAUAGAUGGGCUUGGUGUCAUCGGUGUUCAUGAGAGGAAUGUUUGUCUUUUUUCUUUUUGUUGCUUGUUUUCAUGAUUAUGAUGUCUUCGAUACCACAAGGGUGGGAGGUUUCGAGUCGCAACGGAAGCGACUCCCGGCGUUGUGUCGUCCUUUAAUGUUCUGUUCCUCUUCUCCAAGUAGAUUUCGAUCCGAAAUACGCAAUAUCGAUCUUCUUCUGACCAAACUCUUCAUCCCCGCUGCCUCUUCCUUCGUUGCCAUCAUCUUUCUCUCCAUGCUCGAGUCAAGGCUCUGUC